ACAUACCGUACGUACAAUUCGAAAGUGUUGACAGCUUAUGGACCUUUUCUUUAAAGUGAACCUGUUCUUAUUACAACGGAUCCUAUACGAAUUUUCCGGGCGUUUGACGCAUGCGUGAUUCGCGUGGUGACAUCUCUAGCUUUGCGUUGACCUAUAGAUUUCCAGCCCGAAAUGAGCUCCCCUGGAUUCCUGAGUGGCUUCCACAUUCCGCACCUGGCGCCGGGGGCAGCCCCAUAUGACCCAAUGGAGGAAACUCGUGACGAAUCUCCGCCAGCGCCGGAAAUUUCCACAGGAAGCCGCCUGGUGGCGCCUGGAAAACAAGCGUGCAACUCUAACUCUGGUUCCCCGAGAGCGCCCAUGAAACGGAAGGCUGAGCCGGUGGGGGAGGAUUCCUCAGAGGCGGACAACAAGCUGGUCUUGUUUCCCGGACGCGACGAAAGCUAUCCGGAGGAACUGAACCGCCUGAUUGGCCCGCUGAACUGCGAGCUGUGCAAGGUGCAGGUGACGUCGCGGAAGUGCGCCCGGGAUCACUACGAGUCGAAGGCCCACGACCGGCACAUCAGCGCCUGGCUGGCAAAGAACUACACGGAGGCGGGUCUGCAGGCUCCUCCGGUGAAGCGCCUGGCCAAGCAGGGACCCACCGGCCCCAACGCCUUCCACUGCGACCUGUGCGACCUGGACCUCACCUCCUCCAUGCACGCCCGGCAGCACUACUUGGGCCGCAAGCACAAGCUGGUGGAGCAGCGCAUCUCGAAGCCGUCGGGAGCCGGGCACUACGAUGCAGCCGGCAAGUGGGUGCGCACGGGCAGCAAGUUCGAGGGGGAAGGAGCUAGCCCCUCUGAUGGGCGCCAGAGCAUCGGGACACUAUUCCUCAAGGCUGAGAACGCGGACCAAGAUGCUUCAGCUGAGGAAGUACCUCUUCCGGAGAGCCCGAUGAGGUCGGACGACAAGGAGCGCACUUGCAGCCUGUGCAAAAUAAUGGUUACCUCGGCUCCCCAAAUGCAGAUCCACCUGGCGGGGGCUAGGCACCAGAAGAACAUGAAAGCUGCCGGCGAGGAUCAGCCAGCAGCAUCAGCAGCCGUCACUCUUCCGGAUGCGCCUCCGGCUCCGGCCGCGAAACUAAGCCCCGAGGAACUUGCCUUGUAUCGCACCCCAAUUGGGCAGUACUACUGCCAGCCCUGCAACAUGAUGAUGAACCACGUGACCACCUUGCAACAGCACCUCAUCGGCAAGAAGCACAUGAGAACGGCGAAAAACCUUCCCCAGACCGAAAAGACAGCCUAAGGAAGUCUUUCCUCCAUUCACCUAUACAUUUAAUGAGUACCAGACGAUAAUUCUUAAAUUGUAGUAUCAUAACUAUAGCCUUGUAGAAAUGUGGAAACAUUUCAUUUUUAAGAUCCACUUAUGUUGUAGGUUCAUAAUUUGGAGCCCAUGAAGCAAAUAAAAUUCUGUUCCAAUUGGAUAUCGGUAUCCAUAAAUCAA